AUGACACAGGCGUCUUCCUUAAGUCCGCAGACUCUUCUCCACCUGCGUGUGUGGGAUGGCCGUAUUCCGGUCGUAUUUACGCUUGAUCCAAAUGAAGUCACUACGCUACAUGCUCCACGUCCGUUUUACGCUAUGGUGCCGCGUAUGAGCUACUUGGUCUCUCAGACACGCGAUGUGAUUGAGUAUCUUCGAGAUUCGGCGCCACCAAUUUCUAUUAUGCAGGGUGCAUCCAUUUGGUUCGAAGCCAAGGGUGUUCCAUUGCAUUGGCACCUUCCGUUUGGUCUGUUACGGGACACAUUGUGUGGUCCUAGCGCCGACAGUGAUGCUAACGAUUUGCCUUGGGCAAUAACAGUUCACUUUCUAAAUUUUCCUCGAGACAAACUAUUGCCUUGUGAGAAUGAAUCAAGCAUUGAGUCGCACUUUAUGCACAGCUUAAAGCAGGCUACGUUCCUACGCAUGGGCUCGACAAAAGCAGUGAUGGGUUUGCCUGAAGCGCAGCAAACUCAGAUUUGGACGAGCAUAACAAAUAAUGAUUACGAGAGUUAUCGGCAAGCAACACAUGAGUUGCAUUUGGAUGGAGGCGAGAACGUCUCGGCGUUGCGAUUAUUGCCACUACGUGUACAUCUUGGCACUGAACCUGCAAUCCAGAUGCCGAUUGCUCCAUUACAAGAUGGUCGCGAUAAAACAUUACUGGAAGUGCUACAUUAUUUGUUGCCCGAUCUGUUCCCUUCAGACAUUGCAUUUGAUUCGAAAACACAAGAAUUGCAGCUAGUAGUACAUGGCAUUGAUACUCCUGCUACUGUCUCCAUCGUGGAAUUGUAUCGAACUUUUGCCUAUGCCGACGGCUUCCUUUAUGUCGCUGUGUUUUCUCGAAUAUCCAAAAAUUGA